AUGUCACAGACUCGUCCAGCCCGAGCGGACCAGGAAAGAGUCGGCCGCAACAAGCGUGCUCCUUAUAUCCAGCGCGCCUGCUUGACUUGUAAACGACGAAAACAGCGCUGUAGUGGAGAUGAUCCGUGCAAACACUGUGAGAGUCGCGGAGUCACCUGCCAAUAUGACUUAGAGCCGGUAGCUCGUCACUUCCCCCCGGACUAUCAGGGUACUGUGAGCAGCCAGGUCCAUCGCUUGAGUGAGGUAGUCGAGUCCCUGCAGGCUGAAGUUCAGUCCUUGAAGGGAUCAAUAGACCACGGAGCCUCAGCAGCAAGGGGCAAGCAGCGUACUCCGGACACCCCGGCCUCCGAGGAGUGCUUGGAGCCAGGCUCCAAGCGCCGCCGAUUCGUCACCACUAUGGUCGUUUCUCCUCCUUCCACAGUGGCGCCUCGUUAUCAAGGCUUGACAUCCCCUGAUUAUAGCUUUGAGCUUGCCAGUCUGAAGCUGGCUCAUUUGCAGGACCCUACUGCAGUGCCUGCCUCUCACCUUGAUGCCUUCUACAACCGAGAAGACGAACGACAAGGAAGGACGAGGCUCAUACGAGAGGGUGGAACCGAUGGUCCUGCUGCCUUAUCCAAGGCCCACAUCCAACCCGAGCACACGUCAGUUCGGGUCUUCCUUGAGAUCCCUCAUACUGAGGCUAGGAGACUGGUGGUGUCGUAUUCCAACACCGUGGGGCUGCUUCAUCCGGUGGUGGAUAUAUCUGUGAUUCUCUCACGUCUGGACGCGCUUUAUGCUCGCCUGACAGAUACUCGCCAGUCGCUGAGAAAUCAGCCAGCUCUUUACGACGUGAUCGUGAUCCGCCUCAUUUUGUCCAUUGCAUUGCGCAUGGAAGAAAUCCAGCGGACCGAUUUGAUUGCAAGCUGCUUUGAGGGCGUUGAAAAUGAGCUAAACCACAUUCUGGUUUCUGAGCAUAUUAGUCUGAGGGGCGUGAUCCUUGUCCUGCUUGGUGCAGUUUAUCACCUAUUCUCUGGAAGUCUACGAAUGGCGUGGAGACUUGGAGGUGUUGCCGCCUCCUUAGCUUUAGAGCUCGGCCUACACCGACCGAUGACACUACAGAAAGCCUUUGGUGACGAGGGAGAGCAAGUAAAGGCGACAACAUUGAUGUGGAGUAUUUUUGUGCUGGACCAUGAAUGGAGCACGGCUCUAGGGCUUCCCCGUCACAUGGACGACGGGUCAUUGGUCCCUGCACAGCUACACCUCGUCAAGACGCAAUAUCUGAAUGCGAUGAUGUCCUACUGUGUCAUCAGUUCGAAGAUCGUGAAUGCAACUGCGGGUCUACCUGUGAAUCCGGACCUGUACGAGGAGGAACAAUUUCAAUUUAUUAAUUAUCAGAUCGACCGGUGGCAACAGUCUGCAAUCGCUAAACUCCAGUCUCUUUCCUCCCCAGUCCCUUCAGUCUCUUCAAACUCUGACAAAGCCUCCGAUUUCAUCCAAACGAUACUGAGUCUGCGUGCCAAUCAGCUCCGAAUCCUCAUGCUUCGACCAUUGUUCUUCCAAAACAGCCCCGUCAAGCCCACUCAGGCGCACAUCUCGCAGGCAAUCGACACUGCUGUAGAGACUAUCACCAUCCUGAAGCAGCUCGAUGCACAAACCGAUUUGUAUCGCCGGCUGCACGCUCUUUUCAGUCAAUUCGUCGCCUCCGCUGCAGCCUUGAUCUUACUCAGCAUCAUCUACACCUACAGCGGCCCCCUUGACAAUACGUCCAAGACCGGGCUGUCAAGCUCCAUCACGCGCGACGUUUGCGUCCCUCUCAAAAAUGUGCUGAAGCUAACCGACGCCUGCUCUGGACUAUCUCCAGCAUGCGCUCAGCUCCACUGCCGUCUGCGGCACAUUCUCGGGAUCUUGGUUCGUCUUCAAUUCAUCUCUAUAGACGGCAUUUUUGCCGCGCCGACUGAGGGGCCCGUCAACCCUAGUAGUCUGCAAACCUCGGAGAGCUCCAUGGUUCCGAACUUCGCGGACCCCACUGGAGGAGACCUGAGCGAUUGGACCUUGCCAUCGCCACGGGGAGCUGAUCAUGGGGGGUCAGAUCAAGCGGACCUGUUGUUCGAUUGGGCGCCACUGGCUUCGGACAAUGAUCCACCGCUGGAUCAGCUCCUUGAUGGCACGAUCUGGACGGAGUUAAACAAGCUGCUUCGGCCUCAUUUGCGAACCGAAUCCGGCCUAUCUGAGUCUACCAGUAGCCAUCCUAUCUCCUUGAGUAGAUCCGAGAAUUGA